AUGGCUUCAUCAGACGAAGGGUACGCUGACCCCUUUGAUGGCAUACAUGAGCCAUUUGCUGGCUUGAGUGAAAUGGAUUUUGAACUCCACGGCAUUUACAUGGACCACGAACCAGAGGAAGAAUUUUUGUCCUCACUCGAUAAAUGUAAGGAUAUAUUCCUAAAUGUUCUAUUAAGUGAUGAAAACCUACGAAAUUCUAGUAUGGCAGAUGAAAUCAGAGCCCAAGUGUACCAUGCUAUUGAUUGGCAGAGUGAUGAAGAUGAACAUGAGGUAUUGAAAAACAACUAUAGAAUUCAUGACCCAACCAUCCAGUGGGACAAGACGGUACCAAAGCUUGGUGACAUCUUUGAAUCCCCUGCCCAACUGAAGUUUUGUGUCACCAAUUAUGCAGUGUCACAUGGCUAUAGAAUAUACUUUGAAAAAUGUGAUAGUAAAAGAAUUGUAGCUAGAUGUGACAAUAGGAAGGAAGAGAAUAAAUGCCCUUUCAGAAUUUAUGAUGCAUGGAUGUUUUGGUUAAUAAUUCAUAGUCAACAACAUGUGUUUGAAGCAAGGAGAGGAUGUGAUAGCUACAUGGUGGAUUUAGAUGGAAGUCAUUGUACCUGCAGGUUAUGGGAUCUGGCUGGGAUAUCAUGUGUUCAUGUCAUUGCAACCAUCAACUAUAUCCAGCAAACACUUGAUGAGUACAUUGAUCACAUGUUUUCCAAGGAACAAUUCCUUAAGUGUUACUCUGCUAACAUUAGUCCAGUGAAUGGUUCAAAUCUAUGGCCUCAAACUGAAUUCAUAAAGCCCUUGCCACCAGUGUCAAUGAGAAUGCCUGGUAGGCCAAAGGUCAAUAGAAGGAGACAUGUAACUGAAAAUGAUGGAAGAGUACAUACCCCAAGAACUGUAAGUUGUGGUAAGUGCUUUGAGUAUGGCCAUAACCAGAGGGGAUGCAAGAAUGCAACCAGGGAACCUGUCCCUAUGCCACCAAAGAAGAAAGGAAGGCCAAGGAAGGAACAAUGUGAACCUAGUCAAGCAUCAUGUGAUAGGUCUGAGAGGCAGGAACAUGUCCCUAUGCCACCAAAGAAGAAAGGAAGGCCAAGGAAAAAGGUCCAAUAUGACACAAAUCAAGCAUCAGGUUCUAAAUCUGUUAGAAGCAAAAAGAAGUUGGGGAUAAAAAGAGGUGGUGGCAUUGUGGAAGAUAGAGUUCUACUUGAUGAGCAUGAUGGUUUAGAUGGUCAUGUUAAAGGUAGGGGAUGUGAGGAACAAAUGAAAGAUUUGUUUGACAAAGAAGAUAUUGAUGAUGACAGUUUGGUUGAUAUGAUGUGCACUUUUGAAGCUUCUCUUAGCCAACCAAAGUAUAAUUAUAAGAAAGGUGAUUGA